AUGUCCAGUACAAUGUUCAUAAAACCAAUUCCCAAAUUGGCGUCCAAAUCAAAUACACUCCCCAAAUUUAUACUUCAACUACGUCAACGGUCUACUUUAACUCCAUCCUUAAUUAAACUCCAUUCAGAUCUGAAGAUAGAUGAAUUACAAACAGACAAUACCCCAGAUUAUGUAAGAUUGGUACUGCGUUCCUCAGUCUACGACGUCAUCAAAGAAUCUCCAGUAACCGCAGGUGUCGGACUAUCCUCCAGACUAAAUACAAAUGUUCAAUUGAAAAGAGAAGACUUACUCCCUGUAUUCUCAUUUAAAUUACGUGGUGCAUAUAACAUGAUUGCCAAACUAGACGAUUCUCAAAGGAAUCAAGGUGUCAUUGCUUGUUCCGCAGGGAAUCAUGCUCAAGGUGUCGCUUUCGCAGCAAAACAUCUAAACAUCCCUGCAACUAUCGUCAUGCCUGUCUCUACUCCAUCCAUUAAAUAUCAAAACGUCUCAAGAUUAGGAUCUCAAGUCGUUCUUUAUGGGAAUGAUUUCGACGAGGCAAAGGCAGAAUGUACUAAAUUGGCUGAAGAACGUGGAUUGACUAAUAUCCCACCAUUUGAUCAUCCUUACGUCAUUGCUGGUCAAGGUACUGUCGCCAUGGAAAUCCUAAGACAAGUUCAUAAUGCCAACAAGAUUGGUGCUGUAUUUGUUCCUGUAGGUGGUGGUGGGUUAGUUGCCGGUGUCGGUGCUUAUUUGAAAAGAAUUGCCCCUCAUAUUAAGAUUAUCGGUGUGGAAACUCAUGAUGCUGCAACGUUACAAACUUCUUUGAAACAUGGUAGAAGAACUCCAUUAUCUGUAGUGGGCCCAUUUGCUGAUGGUACCUCUGUUCGUUUAAUUGGUGAAGAAACUUUCCGAGUUGCUCAAGAAGUGGUGGAUGAAGUGGUCUUGGUUAACACUGAUGAAAUUUGUGCUGCUGUGAAGGAUGUCUUUGAAGAUACAAGAAGUAUUGUGGAACCUUCUGGUGCCUUAUCUGUAGCUGGUAUGAAAAAAUAUAUUACUACUUUACAUCCAGAAAUCGAUCACUCUAAACAUACUUAUGUCCCAAUUCUUUCUGGUGCUAACAUGAAUUUCGAUAGAUUAAGAUUUGUCUCCGAACGUGCUGUUCUUGGUGAAGGUAAAGAAGUUUUCCUCUUGGUUACCAUCCCAGACAUCCCAGGAGCUUUCAAGAAAUUACAGAAAGUUAUUCACCCAAGAUCUGUCACCGAAUUCUCUUACCGUUAUAAUGAACAUCGUCAUGAAUCAAGUAGUGAAGUUCCAAAGGCAUACAUCUAUACUUCAUUCAGUGUUGUGGAUCGUGAAAAAGAAAUCAAACAAGUUAUUCAACAAUUACAUACUUUAGGUUUCGAAGCCGUUGAUAUUUCUGAUAAUGAAAUGGCUAAAUCCCAUGGUAGAUAUCUAGUUGGUGGUGCAUCGAAGGUACCAAAUGAAAGAAUUGUAUCAUUUGAGUUUCCUGAAAGACCAGGUGCGCUAACGAAAUUCUUAAGCGGAUUAAGUGAAUCUUGGAAUUUAACUUUAUUCCAUUACAGAAAUCAUGGUUCUGAUAUGGGUAAAGUCUUAACUGGUAUUUCAGUACCACCAAGAGAAAACUUAACUUUCCAAAAGUUCCUGGAAGAUUUAGGUUAUUCCUAUUGUGAUGAAACAGAUAACAUGGUUUAUCAAAAACUAUUGAAAUAUUAA